AUGCCGUUCAUCUCUCUUUUCUUCUUUCCAGUCGUCUUGUUUGCAUACAAACCUUCAGCCAAAUCCCCCAAUCUGACGAUUUUGUCAACAUGUCCGCCAGUUCAAGCGGCAAAGCGAAUUAGGGGGACUCCGAUGGCUCAUGGGAAUAUGCCCCCGAUUAUCCAAGGUCCCCACCACCACCGCUACCUCUUCCAACCUCCUCCGCAAGCGAGAGGGACUCUGAUGAUCCCGUUGUGGAAAUAA